AAAGAAAACAACAUAGAAAAAAGAAAGACUUGAUGUGUGUCAGUGCAGUCUUUCCUUCUUUAUUACUCUAGAAUCGUCGGCGCCACUGCUGCUAAGGCAUGCCCUCACCACCUAUUGAGGUUUGAAUGGUACUACGACUGUUUUUUGGAUGAAGCCUUCUAGAUUUACUCAUUGCUGGUGAAGUGCGGGAUUGCCGCCGCCGCCAAACUCAAUCGACGGGAUUGCCGCCACCGUCGAACUCAAUCAUCGUUGGUGGUUGGAGCCAUUCACCGCCGUCCACAUCUAUCGGUGGGAGAUGAAGUUAUCAUCGAUGUUGAUUGAUUGUAAAUCUUCACUGUCAAAGCCGCUUGGCUAUGAAAUCUGCCACCGGCAAUGGAUCCCAUCCAUCCUCAAUUGAAAUCAACUUCAUCGUGGGAAGAGAUUACUUGUCAUUUAGACGAAGAUCUAUCAUCGGCUCUAGCGGGAUAUCCAUGCACCCACACUCCCAUUGAGGUCCGCUGUUGUGGACGCCGCUAGUGCUGUCGUCGCCACUGCUUAGACUUGCCGCCGCCGCUGGUCUUGAGACUUGCCGCCACCUACGAACUGCGUUGAGGGGGUUGGAUCUAUAUGUUGCAAUAGAAAUCAACUACCGCCACCGCCAACUAGCUUUUGUUUGCCACCUAGAAUUCCUGCAUGCAUCCACAAAUGCAAGGGUGCUCAAACACUUGUUGGUCACCAUUUGAAUUUGUGACCACAGAAGCCGCCGAAUAUACAUGAACCUGCACUCCCGUUGAGGUCCGCCGUCGUUACCACGGAAGCCAACAACUAUCGCAGUCAUUGCUGAAACAACCGCUCUGCAGCGACGUUAUUGAGGCCAGCCACCACUCCUGCGCCGAUGUCAUUGAUGUCCAGAGGUCUCGAACCUCUAAAAUUGUUACAGAUUUGCUCCGUGGUUGAUGAAAUCUACCCCGUGGUUGCAUCAAAGCCUGACGCCGGAAAGGUACUAAACUACUGGAGAUGACUUUCAUCCCAUUUGGACUCAUGCGAAUGGAUCUAUCUAGAUGAGAAUCGGGAAGAGACUGAGUGUUCUAUUUUUCUACAUAUAUUGGAUGUGAGUUUAUCUUGGAUGUUUGUGUCCACGGUAGAUCAAGAUCACAUGGUUCUACUGUGCUAGAAAAGAGUAUGGAGUGCAUGAUGGGCUUUGCUCUUCGCAUCUUUUCUCUUGUCCUCACAACAGGAUUUGAUCAAGAUAAGAAGGAUGUGGCCAUACUUGGUCAUCUCAAACAAGAAAAAAGGGAAAGAGAUACGAAAGUUGUCAGAGGAUAAUGCAAGUGGCGGGGUCCACUAAUGUCAUGACUUUUGGAAUACUUCUAUGGAAGCACUCAGGACAAAGCUCACAUGUUGCUAGACCCCACUGCAUCAAUUACAAUAUAUUUUCAAGAAAAAAAGAUUCCACAUGUAUACAUCUUGGAGAAUUUCGGAAGGAAGACUGAGACACAGGCCUGAACCUGGCACACUGGUUACUACACUAGUCUUGCUCAGUAUAAAAUAAAAAAAUAUAAACCUGGAAGAGAGGCCUUGGAUAAGGGGUAUGCCUGCAAAAUGGCUGGACCUGGAAGAGGGUUCGAACCGUACUUACACGGGCUCACGAAGUUUGACCGGUAUCGGGGAGUCAGCCAAAACCGUCAAACUGAUUGGGGACUAAAAGAUGCCCAUUAAAAGAAAUAGAAAAGGAUCAUCCACCGCGAUGCAUCCUACUCCGAUCGGGUUGGAUUCCCCCUUCUCAAGGAAGACUUGAACGGGGGGUGGUCUAGUUGUAAUAAAAGAGAAAAAUGAUGAUGUGACAAUGAGAGGGGUUAAGGGAGAGUUCGCCCCCAUGGUUGAGAAAGACACCGUUUCUGUCGUUCUCGACCGCCACGCCGACUGCGGAGGUCACACUCAUUUCAAAAUGUGGUCCAUUUCAUUCCGACGCAUGAUCCUCGACGCCGUACGCUGCGGCGGCAGUGCGCGAUUCAAGCAUUCAGAUGCCGGCCCCGAUUCCACGACGGAGUGGAAGCUCAACAGCCGCCAUCAGAGUCAAAGAUCCGAAUACGGAUCAAAAGUCUCUGGAUCCGACAAGCUCUCAGACCUACUCCGGCUACCGGAGAACUCAGAUGAAGACGAGGCGGAGUGGGUGCGUAGAAAGGAAGACGCCCUGGAACGGCUUAAAUUUGUGACGAAACUGUUGCAGAGCAGCGAAGCUGACGGCGUAUUGCAGGGAGCCAAGGAAGUGAGGAUUCUAACAAGGGAUGAUCCGGAGGCCCGGACAACUCUCGCAAUGUUAGGCGCCAUUCCGCCGUUGAUAGCGCUUCUCGACUCGGACGACUCGUCUUCACUCAUUGCCGCCCUCUAUGCUUUGCUCAAUUUGGCGAUUGGCAAUGACUCAAACAAAGCUGCGAUCGUAAAAGCUGGAGCUGUUCAUAAGAUGUUAAAUUGUAUUGAAUCUUCAAAUUGUUUUGCAAAGCCAGCAGUUAUUGAAGCGAUUGUUGCCAAUUUUCUUGGUCUGAGUGCUUUAGAUGCAAACAAGCCAAUCAUUGGUUCCUCGGGUGCAAUUCCCCUCUUGUUGAAAGUUCUAAAAGAUUUGGAUGAAACAAACAGUCCUCAAGCUAUUCAGGACUCGCUUCGAGCCCUAUACAAUCUUUCAAUCUCAUCAAUCAACAUCUUCCAAAUCAUAGAGACUGAUCUAGUGCCAUUUAUCAUUUCCAAGUUGGGAGAUAUGGAAGUAAGUGAUAGGAUACUCUCAAUUCUUAGCAAUAUAGUUCCAAUAGCAGAAGGUCGGAAGGCAAUUAGUGUAGUUCCUGAUGUGUUUCCCAUAUUGGUUGAUGUCUUGAACUGGACUGAUUCCCCAGGUUGCCAAGAGAAGGCAUCAUACAUUUUGAUGGUAAUGGCACAUAAGUCAUAUGCAGAUCGACAGGCCAUGCUUGAGACAGGAAUUGUUUCCUCCUUGCUUGAAUUAACACUUCUAGGCAGUACAUUGGCACAAAAAAGGGCUUCGAGACUAUUGGAGUGCUUGAGGGUUGACAAAGGAAAGAACGUGUCACAAAACUUGGGUGAUGUGAAUGCAACAUUAUCUGCGCCACAACCAUCCACAUAUUUAAGUCAUCAACUAAAAAAUGGGUUGGGAGACGAAAACAGUAUGAUCAGUGAAGAGAAAAAAGCCGUCAAUCAAUUAGUUCAACAGAGCUUGCAGAAUAACAUGAAGAAAAUAGUGAAGAGGGCUAAUCUGCCUCCAGAUUUUGUUCCCUCGGAUAAUUUGAAGUCGCUCACAUCGAGUUCAAUGUCUAAGAGCUUGCCAUUUUGAAAGAACAUGAGACCCUUGUGGAGGAGGGAGUUGUUCCCUGCUAUAGUGGAAAGAGUUAUCUUUUGUAUUGGUUGCUCUCAAAGGUUUGUGCAAACUAUGCCUGAUAUGGUAAACUUCUAAGUAGUUAGUUG